AGAUUGGGUGGAAGAUGAGGUCCUCCAGUUUUUUCCUCUCGUGCAGGCGGCUCAGGACUCGAACAACUACGACUCCGCUGCCCCCAUCAAGUUCCCCACCAUCCUGCACGACGCCAAGCUGAUCCUCAAGAAGCUGGGCUACGACCUCACGAAUGGGGACCCGUUUCUCCUCCUGGGAUUCGCUAGGCUCGAAGGCCCCGACCCCGCAGUCAUCAGCAUCGGUGCUCGCUGCAGGACGGCCAAGGCGAUCCUCGCCAUGCACGCGCAGUGGCUGGAGGAGGACAAGUCCGAGGCCAUUUCGCUCAUCGCCCGCCCCGUGCAGGCGACUUCCGAGACUGUCAACGGCCUUCCAGAGCUGAUGUCCAACCGCAGGAAGCUCCGCGUCCCGAAACUCGAUCCCUACAAAGAGGUCGGGUUCGGUGCCGUACGUGCCAUCGCGGCGAACACCCAUUCUGACAGCGUGAUCCUCACGCAGUGGUCGAACAUCCUUGGGGUCUCCCACCCGCGCCUUGGCUCUCCCGACGACGCGCGGAAGCUAGGGACUCUGCUGGAAAAGGGGGGCGAGAGGUGGUUGGACAUGGGAGCGGGGAAGAAGAUCAUAGUCUGGCCCCCUGCGGAUGCAAACGCCCUGUCCAGAUGCUUGGCAGCUUACCUCCGGAGAGCCGAUCCGCAAGCCAGGCCUGCCUCGCUCGUGCUGGUCGCCACGUUCCCGGCCGCCCCAGGCUACAACACAGUUGUCACCUUCGACAUGCGCAGCUCCUUCCUCACGGAGUUCGUCAAGCUCGCUGGGGUGGCGGAGGCCGGCAACAUCAAUAUUCGCAUGCACCGCCGGAGCCCCACCAGUGCCAAGGAGGUUCCCCUGGUGGCAGUGGACGUGUUGAUGGAUAGCCAGGGCUCCGCGUCGGAGCAGGUCGCUUUUCUGAAGACCCUUCGGCGCCGACGUCUUCCAGAAGACGCAUUUUACGCGUUUCGCCACAUCAUAUCGGCGAACGAUUCUUUGAUCUUGGAAGGUGCUGGCCCUGGCUUGCACGUGAAAUACUGGAAGCGCUGCUCCCAGAUGUACCCCCUCAGCAGUUCUUGGUUCCUGCUCUUCACAGACGCUGCCGCUGAGACGUGGACAGAGGUCAUGAAGAAGGAUUGCGCCGACUACCCAGCCCACUCUGCUACGCGUCUCCGCUGUCGGGCCUCGUAUCACGGGGGUCGCACCGUGGCCGCCCCAGCAGCCGCGACCACGCGGAUUUCCGCUGCCAGACGGCGUUCGGGCAAGACUCGUUCGACUUCUGAUUUGAUUGCGGAGGUCCGGAUCCGCGGCGAGGUGGGCCACGACGAUACCGCCAUCCUGGACAAGCUUAUGUCGCACGUCUGCGGAGCCACUGGCUUGCAGUUCCAACGUGCCGCCGAUAUCGAUAAUGCCAGGGCUGGCGAAUGCAUCCACUGCGUCAGUCCCGCCACCCCGGCGGGCACCCUGAAGGUCCUCGCCCGCGCGCCAGACGACAUCGGGCGUCUGUGCGCUGCCCUACGCGGGCAAUCGGUCGUAGUUGGAGCGGAUCACGCGGCCAUCGAGGUGAUCAAUGACCUGAUCAACAUUCAGAGGCGCCGGGGCCAGUUCGGACGCGACUACACGGUGUGCGCGUGGAACUCCCAGGCUCUCUUCGCUUCGGACCCGCGGAGGCACGCCGCCAAGGCGGAUUGCGUAUCCCGGCUGAUGGAACAGGCGGAUGUCCUCCUCAUCACCGAAUCUCAUGGCACCGAGGCUGCCAAUCAGGUUUGGCGCCCGCCGUGUGGGUUCACUGCCUGGUGGUCUCAGGGCCUGUCCGAGGGCUUGGCGGGGGUCGGCAUCGCGGUCACGAACUCUUUCUUCGCCCACUUCGAUCCUGACCCGAAGCAUGUCCACAUCUGGAGGGGUCGCGCGGCCAAGCUGUGCCUGCGAGGUCCCAGUGGCACCUUGGACCUGAUCGCCGUGUACUUUCACUCCGGCUCCAACGACAAUCGGGGCGAAACCGCCCUGGCUGCUCUGGCAGACGUGACGGAUGGGGAGAAAAAUCACUUCCGGAACGUCGUUGCGAGGCGCUGCGGCUUGUUCGAGCUCUACCAGGAAGACUUCGCCCACGCGUCGGCCUCCGCCCGAUCCCGCCUGGACCGCUUGUACUCCAAUUUCCACGCGCCCGCGCAACUGGACCGGCGGCUCCAGAUUGCGGCCAUAGAAUGGCGACACGAUUUGUCCCACCACCGUGCUGUCUUGGCCUCGCUGCACUCCGCCAGCCGCCUCGUCGACGUGGACCGACCGCUGCCGCGCAGGGCCCUCGUGCACAAUGAUUUCCCCAGGCGCCUGAUGUCGGAGUUCCGAGACCGGCGGCAGGCCAAUGUUGUCCGGCUUGGGCAUGGCGACAGAGCUCCGCCUCCCGCCGUCGAUCUUGAGGACAAGCUCGGGGUCGCGUUGCGCCUGAUUCGAGCCGUUGAGGGCGCGCGCCCAAGCGCUGUUUCUUCCUGCUCGUUUCGCCCGCCGGAGCUCAAGGACUUUGUCGACAACCCUUCGGAUUUCCACGGGGACCUCGCGAGAUCUCUUGCACGGCUCCGGGACCACGCCGUUGGCGUGGCUCGGGGUCGCGCCCUCGAGGAACUUCGCCGCUCGCGCGACGACCUCACUGAUCCGGGCGGCCGCGUUGCCCGCCGCGCCAGGCAGAAAAACAGCAGGCUGAAAUUAAUAUUGGCUCCAGGCCGGGCCGGCGCUCCUGGGGCCGUCCGCGAAGCCUCGGGCGAGGCCGCGACCUGCCCAGAGAAGAUGGCCACGACGCUUUCCGCUCGCUGGUCCAAGGUCUUCCAGGCCAAGGGCAUCAAUGGCGACCUGCUCGCGGAGUGGUUGCGGGAAGAUGGCGUUGCCAGACGGGCCGCGGACUCGCUGCCCUUCGACCCGACCAGGCUGAAGCUCAAGCGCAAGCGCAUCAUCCAGGCGUUGCGAGGGUCGAACAAGUCCUCGCAAGGGCCGAAUGGAGUCCCUUUUCUGGCGUGGAGGCGAUGCUGGAAGUUCCCCGCUGCGCUCCUGCACGAGGCGGCCGAGUUCAUCAUCCACUCCGGGGUCCAGGGCACCCCGCGCGAGGACAAUGAGAUGUUGAGCGGGGGCUUUCUCUUCCUCCUGCCGACAGAGCAGUCUGGCGUCGCCGCCGAGGGGGCGGCCGUCUACGAAUCGGCGAACGCGCAGCCACUGAACGUCGCCACCAGCGCGGAUAACCUGUUGCUCUGCAACCCGGGUCGGCUAGCCAUCGAGCCAGCGGUCUCCCAGCGCAUCUUCGACGGGAAGUCAAUGCUCGCAAACUUGAUCGACAUGGGCGAGGCUGGCAUGGCCGUGGAAU